ACAUGGGAGCAGCGCUUCAUGCAUUCGUUCGACGAAAAGAUUUAAAUUCUCCAGAAUGUCUCCAGAAGGGUUUACCUCGUGUGCUGAACUCACUGGAUUUAACUUUUCUCGGAGUAGGGAGUACACUUGGGGCAGGAGUGUAUGUAGUAACAGCAGAUGUGGCAAAAAACACUGCUGGUCCAGGUGUUGUGAUAUCGUUCCUAGUAGCAGCCAUAGCUUCGAUUCUUUGUGCUUUAUGCUACGCAGAAUUUGGAUCACGUGUCCCGAAAGCAGGUUCGGCAUAUGUAUAUACCUACGUGACGAUUGGUGAGCUAGCAGCUUUUGUGGUUGGCUGGAAUUUAUUAUUAGAGUAUUUGAUUGGUGCAGCAGCAGUUGCACGCGCAUGGACUACUUAUGUUGAUUCGUUAACAAACAAUGAAAUAAGUCACAACCUGAUGAUGCAUGUUAAGGCCUGGCAUACACCAGGGAUAAGUGCAUAUCCUGAUUUUCUUUCACUAGCAUUGUGUGUAUUUAUAUCAUUAUGUCUGGCGGUUGGAGUGCGCAUAUCCUCGUGGUUCAAUACAACUAUGACGUUUAUCAACUUGAUAAUAAUAGCUUUUAUAAUCUUACUUGGUACAAUUGUGGCUAAUCCAAAAAACUGGAGUCCUUUUCUUCCAUUCGGAUUUUCAGGUGCCCUCGCCGGAUCAGCAACAGCAUUUUUUGCAUUUGUGGGAUUCGAUGUCAUCGCAGCAUCCGCAGAAGAAGUUAAAAAUCCGGCAACGUCAAUUCCGAAUGCUAUUGUCACUUCUCUGGCUAUUUGUUUCCUUGGUUACGCAGGUGUUGCAGCAACACUUACUUUGAUGGUGCCGUACAACGAACUGAAAACUAAUGCGGCACUGCCAGAAGCUUUCCAUCAACGGGGACUAAAAUGGGCCAAGUAUGUGAUUGCAUCCGGUGCUGUGGCUGGAUUGACAUCAAGUUUAGUUGGAAGCAUGUUUCCAGUACCGAGGCUUUUGUAUUCAAUGGCAGAUGAUGGAUUGUUGUUUGCGCCAUUCGCCAAAAUCAAUAAAACAACAAAAACUCCGAUAUUUUCCACCGUAUUUACAGGUUUUUUUACAGGAUGGCUUGCCAUGUAUUUUGACUUGUCGACUUUAGUUGAAAUGAUGUCUAUCGGAACUUUACAAGCAUACACGAUGGUUGCUGCAUCUGUUUUAUUGUUACGAUAUCAGAUCUUACCCGUGGGUAUUGUUAACACAGACAAUGGCUUUGCAGCUAUCUCAUCUGACUCUUUAGUCACUGAGAAGGAGAAAAUCCGAAUGUCUCCCACAAAACGCUCCUACAUGUUAGUAAAAAGUUCGAUGUUUGUAAUAUUAGUAGAUACGAUGUUGAUGGGCGGACUACUUGUAAAUUAUGGAACAGUUAUCUUGCACGGUUACUUCUGGGCAAUUGUCUCAUUUUUUUUCUUACUUGGAAUAUUAACUGUUGCCAUGACAAUAAUUAUGUUGCAACCACAAAACAAGUACGAUAUACCAUUCAGUGUUCCAUUCGUUCCAGUCCUCCCAAUAAUGUCAAUAUUUAUAAACAUGUUUUUGAUGAUGUCAUUGUCAGCAAUCACGUGGGCAAGGUUCACUGUAUGGAUGGCAGUAGGACUAACAAUUUAUCUAUUUUACGGAGUGCAACACAGCAAAGAGGAUUUGGAGAACAAACAAGAAGCUGCACGAAACGGAGAAACUGGGGAAGAAUAAAGAGGACUGGUUUGUUAAAUUGGUGAGAAAUCCUUACAAUCUAAAGACAACAUUACUACACAAAUUAAACCAGCUAAAGUAUGGGGAAGAAGAACAGUAAAAUACCACCUGAGACUUUAUCUCAAUUGCGCCAAUGCACAGCG